ACCAUUCAUCUAGAGGGGAAGGGAGAGAGACAUAUGUGGGGAGUAAGGGGAGAGUGCGGGAUGUUUGUAACGGGACAAUCGGGUUAGGCUGCUGGAAUCAGAUUGACAAAAGGUUUCAAGUAAAUCUGCUUCAGAUGUACUUUUCCUGUUUCUUCCUACUUUGUGCGUUUCGUUUCACUUUUGAUGCCAACCAUGUGUAGAAGCUUAAUUUCAGCUGCGAGGAGAGAGAAGGAGCUUUGAAGACUUUUCAGAAUCCACCAAAGGUCUCAAAGUGACUUUUAUUCUGCAUGGAGAACAUAAGAAAAGCUCUUUAACUUGUUGGAAACCUGCUUUGAGAUCUGAAAUCCGGCGCGUCUGGAAGGGAUAACGCGCCGCAACUCGGCAGUUUUUUUUUUUUUUUUUUUUGUGGACUGAUAACAAGAAGUGGACAACGUGAGAAUCUACAGACAAAUAUACAGAAAAGCAUCUACUUCUUGUGACGAAAACAAGAACAGAAAACAAGAACAGGGCAGGAGGUUUAUAGGGGAGAUCGGGGAAGUUGAGCAUCUGUGGACGCACUGUGGCGCACAAAUGGUGUUUCUGUGGGACGCCAAAUACGACCCAGCUCCUGGCCGUCGUUACACCCCCCCUUCCACCACCCUCACGGGGGGGAAGAUGACAGAGGCCCUACCCCUGGGUGCCCAGGAGGCCGGAGGCGGGGCCGCUCUGGUGGGCAAACUGCGCAUGGCAGACCGCGGCAUGGUGGAGGUGAUCUCAGAUCAUCCAGGAGAGCUGGUGAAGACAGACAGUCCUAACUUCCUCUGCUCUGUGCUGCCUACUCACUGGAGAUGUAACAAGACUCUGCCCAUUGCUUUUAAGGUGGUUGCCCUGGGCGACAUCCCUGACGGCACUUUGGUAACGGUGAUGGCGGGAAACGAUGAGAACUACUCAGCGGAGCUUCGCAAUGCCACGGCUGCCAUCAAGAACCAAGUGGCCAGAUUCAACGACCUGCGCUUCGUCGGCCGCAGUGGAAGAGGGAAGAGUUUCACUCUGACCAUCACAGUGUUCACCAACCCUCCUCAAGUUGCCACAUACCAAAGAGCCAUUAAAAUUACAGUGGAUGGUCCUAGAGAGCCACGACGUCAUCGUCAGAAGAUGGACGAGGUCAAACCUGGCACUCUGGCUUUUUCUGAGAGGUUAACAGAGCUGGAACAGCUGAGACGGAGCUCGAUGAGGGUGACGCCCCCUCACCAUCAUCACCAUCAACCUUCAGCAAACACCCGCCAAUCUGCAGCCCUCAACUCUGCGACAUUCUCCAGUCCUGCGCACACUCAGAUAACUGCUGAUUCCAGACAAUUGCAGUCCUCUCCAUCUUGGUCCUAUGACCAAUCAUAUCCCUACCUUGGCCAAAUAACCACAACCACUGUCCACACAGCCAAUCCCCUUUCGCCUGGGCGCUCUUCACUCAGUGACUUGUCCUCACGACUCACAGGUCCUGACCUCACAGCCUUUGGCGACCCCAGGAUGACCUUAGAACGAUCUUUCACUUCCCUCCCUGACCCCCGGGUCCACUACCCUCCAACAGCAGCUGCCUUCACCUACACCCCUUCCCACAACCCUGUCUCCAACAGCGCCCUUGGCCUUGCCAUGGCCACCCCAGCGGGGAGGUACCACACCUACCUGCCUCCUCCCUACCCAGCGAACACCCCCCACCAGGCUCAGAACGGGCCUUUCCAGUCCACCUCUUCACCGUAUCACCUGUACUACUCCACCUCUGCCGGAUCAUACCAGUUCUCCAUGAUGGCCGGAGGAGGAGGUGGCAGUGACUCGCGCUCCCCUCCAAGGAUCCUGCCACCAUGCACCAAUGCCUCAACAGGCUCCUCCCUCCUGCACCCCACUUUGCCCAGUCAGAAUGAAGGAGUGGGUGUUGAAGUUGAGUCCAGCCACAGUAGCUCCCCGACAAACAUGGCAGCUGCUGAAGCUGUUUGGAGACCGUACUGAACCAGCCAAGGUUUUAGAAGACACUCUGAAUGACACGCAAAGGAUAUGACCUCCUGGUCAUAUGAUUGGCUGCACAGAACAUCAUCAAAGUCAUAAAUACACACCAAUCCAAAAUAUGAUAAAGUUACUUGAGGAGCCAUAAGUCAAUGUAAUAUCAAAAAUAUAUUUUUUUGAUAGUUUUUGGACAACAAUGGAGCUCUAGGGCUCAGAGGAGUAGGCCUUAUCAGGCUUUGGAAACACACAGGGGGAUGCAUUCAUUGUUGUUUUUGUCUGCACAUGGGAUUUGUUGACUGUAAGAAAAAUAUUGAAUAUCAACAGACUUAUCCUUUCAGGGACCAUCCAUGAGAUAGCCAAAUUCUGUACUCUUAUGUACUAUAUUCCUUAGUUGAAGAAAAUUUGAAAUUUUCUGCCAAGAUUUAUUCUUUUUCAUGUUUUCAGUGUUUCAGGUACAGAUCAACUGCUGGUUAAUUAGUUAGUGUUGUUGGUAAAAGCAUGUGAUUACACAGAGAACUCCCUGAUAAAACCAACCAAAAAGCCACACAUUUUAUCUGAGAUCAUACAGAUAUUUUGAAAGGAACAACAAAAUGGAUGCUACAACAAAAUCCUGACUUCUUUGACUCCGAAAAACCUAACAGAAUUCAAAGGAUCGUUUGGUACCAUCUAGUCAUAGUGCCCCACAGUAACCACCUAUAUUGAUUUUCACCUACUGAUAACUUAAAAGUGUUUUUUCAUUUUCAAGAAUUUUGUUUACUUUUUAUUUUAAUUAUACUUACACUGAAACAUUGGAUUUUUGGUUUCUAAUUUUUGGAAAAACUCCACAGAGUACUGUAUGUCAACACAUGACGGAUGAGUGCGACCACCCAAAUGGUUACUGACAAACAAUGGUCAAUGAAAAACAAGCCAAACGACUGACAGGUGCAUUGGCCAACGGACAGCAGUGAGUGGACUGACUCAUUUGGUUAUAUAAAUCUAACAUCCCAGUCUCACUGCAGGAUAUAGAAACAGACACAGGACUCCAGAGAAGAGUUUCUAUGAAAUGAAGGACCUAACCGUGGACAUAAAUGGACGGAAGCAGGGUAACAUUUUGGUUUAACACUGACAUAGUGCAUGCAGAAGCACUGGACUGAUCUCAAUUCAGCUUCCUUUGUAAAUUAACAGGACUUUUUCCUCAUAAAUGUUGUUGGUGUUGUGUAUAGAUGAUUUGCUCAUCCCAAAUAUUGCGGUGGCCUGUUUGUGUUUACCUUCACCCCAUCUUUGCCCUCCCCAUGUUAUAACCACUGCUCUCUCAUUCAUGGUUGACAUUUUUAAAAGAACUGAGCCCAUUGUCUUUAGAAGAAAAUAAGGUAACAUGAUCACUUCACGCACUAAGGUCAAUUUUAUGGCCCCUGGACAAAAACAAACUAUGAACUCUAACCCAGACUUUCCUGCAGGCCACAUACUUCAUCCUCACCCAUCAAAAUAAUUAAAAAUUCUUAACUUUAUCACAAGAUUUUAAUUAUCCCCUUUUUUUGAGCAACUGUCUUCCAUUUGACAUUUUCCACAUUUACAUCAGAAAUUUGGGGUUUCCUGUUUCUUGAAGGACACUUCAACAUUUGAAAAAAAUUGAGCCAAGGAUCAAACCGGCAACUUUGCGAUUGAUGGUUGAACUGCUCUACAUUGAUUAAGGAUGUUGAUUGAUUCCAUAUUUAUUAUAGUAGGGCCUAACUAGACUGAGGUUUAAUCCAAUUUUGACCAGAUUUGUCAUAUUUAAAAGGUCUAAAUUAUGUCUCAGAUGUUUUUGGCGUGAAAAUGCUAAAAUUUAAAGACUGUGCUCCAUCAACAGCUUUACUCCAAGAUGAUUUAUUCUGGCUUCCAAACCCCUCCCUGUUGAUGUUGACUCAUUUCCUCACUGCACUGAGAAAUCAUUACAUUAUGAAGUUUUGUUAAAUGUGUUAAUUUAUUCCUAGAAUACAAUUUUUGGCUGCAUUUCAUGUCUGUUUCUGGCUGUGUGUGUGUGUGUGUUACAUUUACACAUGAUCCACUGUUUAUAUGUAAUGUAUAUAGCCAUGGCUGUAAAUGACACCUGCAUUUGAUCAUGUUUUUAUCAUCUCUUCCUCUCUUCC